UCUGUGCCUCGGCUCGCCGUGUCCCCGUUGACUCUCGCGACACGGCACUCUAAUCGUCCACUUCGACUCUCUCUCGAUUACAGUCCAUCGGCUGGCUGUACCGUGCGAGAUAGGAAUCAUGUUCUCCCAGAAGAAACCGUACUCGGCAGUGACCGUGACUAUCGAGUCAUUGACGAGUGAAGCGGUGCCCGUCGAUGAUUUGAGUGGGAUUCCAGACCUCGUAGAGAUCAUCAACAUCCAGGAUACAGGCCCUAGAGAGGCUUCACGCGCCAUCCGGAAGAAGCUCAAGUACGGGAACCUACACCGCCAGCUCCGUGCCUUAACCAUCCUCGACGGGCUUAUUCAGAAUGCGGGAUCUCGCUUCCAGAGAACCUUCGCGGAUGAAGCCCUGCUCGAGCGCCUGCGUUUCUGCGGUACGGCAGAGCUGUCCGACCCGGAUGUGAAAAAGAAAUGCAGGGAACUUUUUGCCGGCUGGGCUGCCGAGUACAAGAACACGCCAGGCAUGGGGCAAGUUGCCAAACUACAUAGGGAAACCCCUCGCCGCAAACAAGUUGUUACGCAGAAGGAGUCCAAGGCUAUCAAGGAGACAGAGAACCCGUUUGGCGAAGAGGACGACGACGACGACGCCGAUGGUAAGCCCAGUCAAGCAGGGUUUUCCGGAGGUCACUCUAGAGCGUCGUCUCUUUCCAACCCGCUGGCGAAACAAGCCUCACCCGCCAACUACGACACGAAAAAAGCAAAGAAGGACAAAAGGGGCAAAAAGUCCAAAUUCAACCUGGCAGCCGAACAGGGGCAGAUGAAGACAGUCAUCGCCGAAGCAUCAAUCAUGGCGACCAAUUUGACGAACACUCUCCAAACCAUCAAUCGGGAACAAGAGAGGAUUUCGGAGAAUCAGAUCGCAUCGCACCGGUUCGAGGAAUGCAAAAAGCUCCGGCGGAAGAUCUUGCGUUAUAUUCAUCACGUUGAGGAUGAGGAGUGGCUGGGCAGCCUGCUGACCGCCAACGACAGUCUGGUCACUGCGCUCAUGAUGUUUGAACAGCUGGAUCGAUCCAUCGACGCGGACAGUGACUCGGACGACGAGCUCGCUGAACAGGCCCAUCUUUACCGAAUGGCGACGGAGAAAGGCAAGGGCGUAGAAUCAAGCUCGUCCACUAGUCCUCCGGCUUCGGGCAUGGCCAACCUUCACCUCAGCCCAUCGCGGCAAUCACCGACGGCGUUGCGUCCGCCGCCGCCCCCCCGUCCGUCGGCAGCGACGAAGCCCUCGUCAUUUUUCCCACGUCCCCGUACCGCGGAGAGUCACAAAGAUGACAUGAACUCUGACAUAGACGCGGAUAGCGGCGAUGACGAGGAGGAAAAUGACGAAGAUAAUCCCUUUGCCGACCGAAACGCUGUGCCGGCUGUGGCGCAGGGCAACUAGGGCAGUCCACCUGCGGGAACUAGCGGCGCGGCGACCAACGCGAAUUUGGGCCAUGUCCAGCCGGCUGACAAUGAAGGGGGAGGAGCAGAGGCCAGUGGUGUUGAUGGGGUUGAGCAAGGCGAAGGGGAUGGCGAGGCAGGUGGUGAGAUAGAUGAGAGCCCGGACGGUAAAACCGAAAAGGCGAAGAGGAAACGGAAGAAGGCGCGGGAGAAGGCGGCCAGGAAGAAGGCUGCCGCCGAAAAGAAGGCGGAUAAGAAGAAAGCUGCUGCUGAGAAGAAGGUGGCCAAGGAGAAGGCGGUGGCUGAGGAGAAGGCGGAGGGUUUGAAAGGAUUAGGGGACUUUUUUGGCAUCACAGAUGCCUUUAAGAAGUAGACGACGUGGUUCCUUACGCA